CGACGCGGAGGCGGGGCCAGGGGCGGUGCCUGUGUGCGUCACCGCAGCGCCAAAUUCAAAUCUGCCGCCAUCUUAAGCGGGCGGGUUCUUGGUGCGGCGCGGCUGCGAAGCUUAUUUGGUGGCUGCUCGACUCUUGGACCCGGUGCUGCGGCUGCUAUGGCACCGGGAUGCAAAACUGAGUUACGCAAUGUGAUAACUUCUCAGUCUAACCAACCAAGUAAUGAAGGUGAUGCCAUCAGAGUUUUCAUACGAAUCCGCCCACCUGCAGAAGGCUCAAGAUCAGUGGAUGGAGAGCAAAACCUGUGUCUCUCUGUGCUCUCCUCCACAACCCUCCGGCUGCAUUCCAACCCCGAGCCCAAGACCUUCACGUUUGAUUACAUUGCUGACAUGAACACCACUCAGGAGUCUGUGUUCUCGACGGUGGCGAAGAGCAUCGUGGAGUCGUGCAUGAGUGGCUAUAAUGGCACCAUCUUUGCCUAUGGGCAGACUGGCUCGGGGAAGACAUUUACCAUGAUGGGACCAUCUGAAUCUGAUAAUUUUUCUCAUAACUUGAGAGGAGUAAUCCCACGAAGCUUUGAAUAUUUGUUUGCCCUAAUUGAUCGUGAAAAAGAGAAGGCUGGUGCGGGAAAAAGCUUCCUCUGCAAGUGCUCCUUCAUCGAGAUCUACAACGAACAGAUCCAUGACCUGCUGGACUCUGCGUCGGCGGGGCUGUACUUACGGGAGCACAUCAAGAAGGGGGUCUUUGUUGUCGGUGCAGUGGAGCAGGUGGUCACCUCGGCCGCCGAGGCCUAUCAGGUGUUGUCUGGAGGGUGGAGGAACAGACGUGUGGCAUCAACAUCAAUGAAUCGGGAGUCCUCCAGGUCUCACGCAGUCUUCACAAUCAUAGUAGAGUCCAUGCAGAAAAGCAGUGAGGUCGUGAAUAUCCGCACCUCCCAACUCAACCUGGUGGACUUAGCAGGCUCUGAAAGGCAAAAAGACACCCACGCAGAAGGGGUGAGGCUGAAGGAAGCAGGUAACAUAAAUCGAUCGCUGAGCUGCCUAGGACAAGUGAUUACCGCACUGGUUGAUGUGGGCAAUGGGAAACAGAGACAUGUCUGCUACAGAGACUCCAAGCUCACCUUCCUACUGAGGGACUCUCUUGGUGGCAAUGCCAAAACAGCCAUAAUUGCAAAUGUUCAUCCUGGAUCCAGGUGUUUCGGAGAAACUCUGUCAACACUUAAUUUUGCUCAGAGAGCCAAACUGAUUAAAAACAAGGCGGUGGUGAACGAAGACUCCCAGGGGAAUGUGAGCCAGCUCCAAGCCGAAGUGAAGCGGCUCCGAGAAGAGCUGGCCCAGCGCGCUUCUGGGCAGACCCCCCUGGAAAGCUUCCCUGCUGGAGAGAAGACUACGUACAAGGAGUGUUUCCUGGAGGCAAUGUUACUCUUUAAGAAAUCCAAACAGGAAAAGAAGUCUCUGGUAGAAAAAAUUACGCAAUCAGAAGACCUCAUCCUCAAAAAGGAAAAGUUUAUUCAGUCUUAUAAAAUGAUUGUGAAGUUGCGAGAGGCUUACAUCGUGCGCCUGGAGAAGCUGCUCAAGGAACCCCCGGGAAGCUUCCUGCCUGAGGAGCAGGACCGCCUGCUCUCGGAAUUGAGGGAUGAGAUUCAGAUGCUGCGCGAACAAAUAGAGCACCACCCCAGAGUUGCAAAGUAUGCCAUGGAAAACCAUUCCCUCAGAGAGGAAAAUAGAAGACUGAGGUUAUUAGAACCUGUGAAGAGAGCCCACGAAAUGGAUGCCCAGACUGUUGCCAAACUAGAAAAAGCUUUUUCUGAAGCAUCUGACACAGAGCGAAAUGACAAAGGCCAGCAGGAAUUUUCUCCCAAAGCUCUGAGAGAACCGUGUCCAUUGGCAAAUGUUGAGAAGCUAAAAGCACAGCUCCUGCAAGUUCAGACUGAGCUGAAUAAUUCAAAGCAGGAAAGUGAAGAAUUCAAAGAACUAACUCGGAAGAAGCAGCUGGAAUUGGAAUCAGAGCUUCAGUCUUUGCAGAAAGCAAACCUUAAUCUUGAAAACCUUUUAGAAGCAACAAAAGCCUGCAAACGGCAAGAAGUUUCACAACUGAAUAAAAUCCAUGCUGAAACACUUAAGAUUAUAACUACACCAACCAAGGCUUAUCAACUUCGUUCUCGAUUAGUACCAAAAUUAAGCCCUGAAACUGGGAGUGUUGGCAGUCUGCAUACUCAGAAUUGCAGCAACUUAGAUAAUGAUAUAUCCAGUGAGCCUGUGCCUCCUGAGAUGAGUGAGCAAGCUUUCCAGGCCAUUUCUGAAGAGCUUAGAAUGGUGCAGGAACAAAUGACUGCUCUUCAAGUCAAGUUGGAUGAAGAAAAUCAUAAAAGUCUAAAACUUCAGCAGCAUAUUGACAGACUGGAACACCAUUCUACACAGAUGCAGGAGCUUUUCUCAUCUGAAAGAACUAAUUGGACCACCCAGCAGCAAGAGCAUCUCCUACAGCUCAGUACCCUUGAAAAGCAGGUUCGAGAUGUGCAGACUGAGAGGGACUUUUUGAAAAGUGAGGUGCAUGACCUGCGGCUGGUUCUUCACUCUGCCGACAAGGAGCUGUCUUCCGUAAAAGUGGAGUAUGGCUCCUUUCGAGAGAGUCAGGAGAAAGAGCUCAGCCAGCUGUCUGAGAGGCACCUUCAGGCACAGCUGCAGCUGGACAGCGUCAGAUUAGAAAAUGAAAAGCUUCUUGAGAGCCAAGCCUGCCUUCAGGAUUCCUAUGACAACUUACAAGAAGUAAUGAAGUUUGAGGUCGACCAGCUUUCAAAGAGCCUUCAAAACUACAAGAAAGAAAAUGAGACUCUGAGGUCUGACCUGAGUAAUCUGAUGGAGCUUUUUGAAGCAGAAAAAGAACGAAACAACAGAUUGUCAUUGAAGUUUGAAGAAGAUAAAGAAAACAGCUCUAAAGAAAUCUUAAAAGUUCUUGAGGCUGCUCGUCAGGAGAAACAGAAGGAGAUGGCCAAGUUUGAGCAUCAGGUGGCAGAAAUACAGAAACUAGAAGAGAGCUUGCUUGCUGCUAAAACAGUGACCAGUUCUCUGGAAAAGUCUAAAGAUGCUGACAAGGAAGUGAUAGCCGACCUCACAAAGCAGAUCCAGGAGCUCAGAACAUCGGUGUGUGAAAAAACGGAAACCAUCGACACCCUGAAGGAGGAACUGGAGGACAUGAGUUGCAAAUACAACUCUGCUCUGGCUGACAGAGAAGAAAGCAAAGUGCUGAUUCAGAGGCAUGAAGUGGAGAUUUUGGACCUGAAGGAAACCGUGAGGCUGCGGAAACUCUCUGAUGACAUUGAGAGGGACAUGCUGUGCGAGGACCUGGCGCACGCCACUGAGCAGCUGAACAUGCUCACAGAGGCCUCCAAGAAGCACUCAGGGCUGCUGCAGUCCGCUCAGGAGGAGCUGUGUAGGAAGGAGGCCCUGAUCCAGGAACUUCAGCACCAGCUCAACCAAAAGAAAGAGGAAGUGGAUCAGAAGAAAAGUGAAUAUAACUUCAAAAUGAGGCAGCUAGAACAUGUGAUGGGUUCAGCUGCUGAGUAUCCCCAGAGUCCUAAAACACCACCUCACUUUCAAACACAUUUGGCAAAACUCCUGGAAACACAAGAACAAGAGAUAGAAGAUGGAAGAACCUCAAAGACCUUUUUACAGCAGCUUGUAACAAAGCUAAAUGAAGACAGAGAAGUCAAAAAUGCUGAAAUACUCAGAGUGAAGGGGCAGCUCUGUGAGAUGGAAAAACUGCGCCUGGAGAAUCAGCAGCUAAAAGAGAAAAACUGGCUCUUGCAAAGUCAGCUGGAUGACACUGAAGGACAGGACCACAGCGAUCAGAGUCAUCUGGAGCAUCAACAGCUGAAGAAUGAACAAGAAGAGGAAAUUAUCAAAGAAAGACUUGCUCAAAGCAAAAUAGCUGAAGAAAUGCUGAAAAUGAAAACAGAUCUGGCAGAAGCCCAAAGUGCUCUUCAUCGCAAAGAAAUGGACUGGCUCAGAAUGGCUGAGGAAGUUGAGCGAACCCAAACAUUGGAGGCUAAAGCAUUCCAGGAAAAGGAACAGCUGAGAUCAAAACUGGAGGAGAUAUAUGAGGAAAGAGAGAGAUACUUUCAGGAGAUAGAGAUGUUAAAGACGCAGGUGGAGUUUCUCACAGAGGAAAACGGGAAGCUGGCAGGGCAUCAGAACCUGCAUCAGAAGAUUCACUACGUGAUCCGCCUGAAGAAGGAGAUGGAAAAGUUGCGUGCUGAAAAUGUAGUUUUAAAAGAAAAGAAAAAAACUGCAUCCUAAGGAUCCUGGUCACCUCUUAGGAAUCACGUUUGGAGAUGUCCUCCCCGC